GUGAUUCUGUUUCCAUGUAGAAAAAUGGCUGAGUCCAAAAUUUCAGUAACUCAGGACGAGUUCAGCUGUUCAGUCUGUCUGGAAACACUGAAAGAUCCAGUAACUACAUCAUGUGGACACAGUUUCUGUAUGGUGUGUAUUAAUAACUGCUGGGAUCAGGAGGAUGAUAAGGGAACAUACAGCUGUCCACAGUGUAGACAAACCUUCACUCCAAGACCUGUUGUGAGGAGAAACACAAUUCUGGCUGGAGUUGUGGAGAAACUAAAGAAAACAGAACUUCAAGCUCCACAUCCUGGACACUGUUCUUCUGGACCUGAAGAUGUGGAUUGUGAUUUCUGUACAGAGAGAAAAUCCAAAGCAGUUAAAUCCUGUCUGGUGUGUUUGGCCUCUUACUGUAAAACUCACCUUCAGCCUCACUAUAAAUCUUCUGCUUUUAAGAAGCACAAGCUGGUUGAAGCCUCCAGACGACUCCAGGAUCAGAUCUGCUCUCAGCAUAAUAAACUGCUGGAGGUUUACUGUCGUACUGAUCAGCAGUGUAUCUGCAUGAUGUGUAUCAUGGAUGAUCAUAAAGGACAUGAUACAAUAUCAGCUGCAGCAGAAAGAACUGAGAAACAGAAGCAGCUGCUGAAGAUCCAGAGAAAGUUCCAGGAGAAAAUCCAGAACAGAGAGAAGGAACUUUGUGAGCUGAUAAAUGCUGUGGAGUUUCACAAGUGUUCUGCACAGACAGCAGUGAAGAACAUUGAGAGGAUCUGUACUGAACUAAUCAACUCAAUUAACAGAAGAUGCUCUGAGCUAAAAGAUCUGAUCAGAGAUCGAGAGACAGCAGAAGUAAGUCAAGCUGAAAAACUCCUGAAACAGGUGGAGCAGCAUAUUGUAGAGCUGAAGAGGAAAGAUGCUGAACUGGAACAGCUUUCACACACAGAGGAUCCCGUCCAUUUCCUCCAGAAUUUUCAGUCUCUCUCGGCUCCUGCUGGAUCUGCAGAAUCAGCCUCCAUCACAAUCAGUCCUUUCCUCUCAUUUGAUGAUGUUACAAAGUCUGUAUCUCAGCUGAGAGAGAAAGUAGAAGAAUUCUGGAAAGAGCAGUGUGAGAAGAUACCAGAUGAAGUGAAGAAAGCCCGGAUUACUUCAUCUCCUGAACCUGAAAUCAGAGAAGAUUUUCUACAAUAUGUUUGUCGGUUCACACUGGAUCCAAACACAGUAAAUAAAAACCUCCGUCUGUCUGAGGAGAACAAAGUGGUGACCUGGAGUAGAACAGAACAGUCGUAUCCUGAUCAUCCAGAUAGAUUUGAUUAUUACUGCCAGGUUGUGUGUAGAGAGAGUGUGAGUGGACGCUGUUACUGGGAGGUUGAGUGGAGUGGGAAUUAUGGGGUUUAUAUAGCAGUGUCAUAUAAAAGCAUCAGCAGGAGGGGAGAUGGUGAUGAAUGUCUGUUUGGAUGGAAUGAUCAGUCCUGGAGUUUGUUCUGUUCUCCAUCUGGAUUUUUAUUCAUGCACGAUAAGAAAGAGACUAAAAUUCCCAUAAUGCCGAGUUCCUCUAGAAUAGGAGUGUAUGUGGAUUAUGAAGCAGGAACUCUGUCCUUCUACAGCGUCUCUGAUACAAUGAAGCUCCUCCACAGAGUUCAGACCACGUUCACUCAGCUCCUCUACCCGGGGUUUUGGGUUUCUUCAGGAUCAGAAGUGAAACUGUCAGAUUGAACAAAUUAAAUGUAAAAUUUACAUGAAAGUGUAACAUUAAACUGUUUGAGUGAUUUUAGAAUCUGUGAGGCAGUGAUACAUUUAUGAAGAUUUCUUUUUCAAUUUAUUAACCACCAUUUAUUCAGUGCUGUGAAAAAGUACAGUGGAACCUUUACUUACAAGUUUAAUUCGUUCUGUGACCAAGCUUGUAACUCAAUUUGCUCGUAUAUCAAAUCAAAUUUCCCCAUUAAAAUGAAUUGAAACACUAUUAAUCCGUUCCAGCCCCCCAAAAACCACACCGAUUUUUUUUGUUACGUGUUUUUAAAUAAGAAAAAUUUACUUUAUAAAUAACUAAUAAUGUACAAAAAAAUAAUAAUGCAUAAUAAAAGAUAAUGUAAAGAAAUAAACUUGUUUUAUUGAGUGCAUUUACCUUGAAAAUCAGACAAAUAUGUUGGCAGAGGUGGAGAUUGGUGGAGGAAGUUGGGGGAGUGUUUCAUUUCGUGCUCUAUCACUUAACUUACUCGCUACACACUUAAUGCUACAAUAUAUUGCUAAAUUUAACUUACACACUAUGCUACACUUUAUCACUAAACUUAAUUGCUACUUUUUUUAUUUAAUUUUUUUUCACUUCAAUUAAUCUUCUUUUUCACUUACUUUUGGCUUUUUUGCCACACUUUCCUCGCUUUCACUUGCUUGUACAGCAAGAUAACCAGGUGAACUGAACGCUCGCUGGGCUACCUAGUGGCGGGUGACGUAAGCUUGCUCGCUCAUAACUCGGAUCUCGGCUCGUAUCACAAAGCAAAAAAUCGACCAAGUGACAGCUCGUAUCUCGGAAAAUUCGUAAGUUGGGUCACUCGUAAGUCAAGGUUCCACUGUAUUUACCCCCUUUCCUGAUUUCUUCUUUUCUUAAAUAUUUAUCAUCUAAAUGGAUUCAGAUAUUAAAACUUAAUUAAAUAAAAAACAAACUGAAUAUUUACAAACAUAAAAGAGAAGAUUUGUGUACAUUACAAAAUGGUAAAUGUGAUCAUUUUCACCUUAAACUUCUUUCUUCCCAAGUCUGUUAUAACCCCAAAUCAGAAAAAGUUGGGACAGUAUGAAAAAUGCAAAUAAAAUAAUGCAAAUACUAUUAAAAAGAAUAAAAAAUACAUUUUUAUUAUUAAUAAUAAUAAUAAUAAAGUCACAAAUCUGUACCUAUUGAACAAGAUGUAAUGUAUUUCUAGCACCACUAGAUGGGGAUGAUGAACUCCACAUGAUUAUAAACUCCACUUUAAAAGUCAGUUAAACAGUAAAGAUUUUAAUUUGGCUUUUUAAGUUUAGUUAAUAAUAAAUGGAGUACAAGGAAACCUUUGAUUUUCAAAGGCAGUUAAACAAAGUUACUUGCUGAUAUCUGUAUUUUGUAAUAUUUAUUUGUUCGUUCCUUUGUACCAGAAAAGUCAUCUUUGCUGCCUGCAACACCUUACAAAUCACAUUUUUUCUUGCUGAUGUGAUUUAUUGAAAUAAAUUAAAUAAAUUACAGCUUGUUGCUUGGGUACAGAUUUGUGACAUUCUUAUUAUUAUUGCUAUUAUUAUUAUUUUAUUGUUAUAAUUAUUAAAUGUUGCUGUUGUGUUUUUUUUUUUUUGUUGUUGAAAACUGUUCAUGUUUUGAAGUGUAAAAGAUUAAACAGCACCGUCUAUAAAUAAAUGAAUCACCUUGUG